AUGAAUACAAAGAAGAAUAAGAGUAAAAAUAAACCUAAACCAGUCCAGGUCGAAGAAAAUAAUACCAUUUUAAGUGAAAAUCAGGAUGCGAAUCUUAAAAGUAGUAACCCAGAGGAAGAUAACAUAGGUGUUGCAGAUAAUACGACAGAAGAUAUUCCUAAAAAGCCAAAAAGAACAAAAGGUAAAAAAAAGCAAAAUAUUUUAGCAGAAGAUAAUAAAAUAACAGAAAAAGAAAGCGUUUCUAAACAUCAAGAAUUACGUAUACAAAAUAUUGAAGAUUCAGAGGAAUUAAUAAAGGAAGCUCAAAUUGUACAUAAGAAGAAAAGUAAAACUAAAAAUCCUAGUACACAGAUUAAGAUAGAUGAAAUAAAUUUAUGUACACCAGUUGAAGAAUCUUGUACAAAAGAAAUACUCAGUGUUCCUAUUAUAGAGGUAGAUUCGAGUAUAAGUACAAACGUAAGCACUCCUAAAGAGACUUCUUCCCAAAAGAAGAAGAAAAAGAAGAAAAAUAGACACGAUUCAGAUAAAUCUGACCAGAAUAGCCAGGCAAGCUGUACUUUGGCUUUUCAAAAACUUAUUCAAUCUUCUGAUCAUGACGAAAUCUCAGACUCAGAGAAAAUAAUUGAGGUAACAGAAUCAGAUAAAACUACAGUAGCUGUUACAAAUAUAUCAACAGUUGAAAACAAUAUUGAACAACCUCCAAAUGAUGUUAUAAAUCCAGAAGUUUUAAAACCUAAAAAGAAAAAUAAAAAAGGAAAAAAGCAGCCACCCAUAGAACACCCAGAGCCUGAAAUCGAAAACAAAGAAUCCCUUCCAACAAAAGAUGAACAUGAAGAUAAGAAUUUAAAAGACAACACCACCUUUAUAGAAGUUAGUCCAAAACAAAAAGCUAAAAUAAUCAAACCUGUUGAUAAUAAACGUAAGGUAAAGAAAAAUAUACAGGAUUUAAAGAAUGAGAGUGGUUCGGAACUAUCAACUGAAUGUGCUGUUCUUGAUGAUAAAAGAAAAGAUGAAAAACUUCUCCCUGAAGAUAAAGGUAUAAUUGAAACUAAUAUUGAUGAUAAUAUAAAAAUUGACAAAGAACUUAAAGACCAAGAUAUUUCAUGCACGAAUCUAUCUGGAUCAAAUCUGAAAGAUGGAACAGAAAUUACGGAUUUAACACAAACUUCUGAACAAUUGACGGCAGAAGAAUUAAAAACAGAUUUUAGUGAUUUUGAAACGGUGACUGGGAAAUCCGCUAAAAAUAAGAAGAAAAAGAAUAAAAAUAUUCAAGAAUCAUUGAUAAAUAAACCCGAAAACAUUACAGAUGUCCAACAAAAUUUAGAAAUUCAGACAGAACCUGUGGCAACAAAUUUAAACACUAAGGAUUCAGAAAUUGUACCCGAUUUUAUAGAUUAUCCUCGGUCUUUGAGUCAGUUGGUCGUUGACAAUAAUAACAAUACAAUUAUUCAAGAAAUAAAUACACCUGAAGGAGUAAAGCUAGGUAUUCCUAUCUGUAAUCCAACACCCGUUAUUCAGGGCUCCGGGGAAUCACCUGAAGUUCAAAUUGUUAAGGAAAAUAUUAAUAUCACUGAAAUAGAUGUAAAAGUUCACAAAGCAGACUCACCUACAGAAAAAACAGAUAUAAAAUCCAAAAUGAUUGAAGUUAAUCGUGAUAUGGAAGAACUCAGACGGUCCAUAGAAAGAUCUUUAGCAGAACUCACGAAUACAGAAAAAAGUGAAACUGAAAUUGAAAAAGAAUUUGAGGAAAUAUUCCAAAGCCAGUGUCAGGAAGCCAAUGAAGUGAAAGCCACAGUUGGCGAAAUUAAACCUGCAAUAGAUGAUAAUAGUUUAUCAACCCUUAAAAUUGAAUGCGUGGAAAAUGUUGAUGAGCCCGAAAAGUCUAAAUUAUGUCCCACUGAAGAAAGUAAUAUGCAAACAGAGGUUACUGAAAAUAAAGAUGCUGAUCAAAAUUCAGGAUUUAACAUACAAAAUGUUGCUCCAGUGUGCCCAGCUCGUAAAGAAAAAGGCAAAGGCAAAUCGAAAAAAAAGGGUAUACAAAGUCAUUCUAGUACUCAAACUGGUACUGCAAAUACAUCAACUAGUGGAACGAGUGCUGCUUCAAGGAGUUCAGACAACAAAGAGCAGAAAUCAAAAAAAGAAGAGAAGUCAAAUCAAAAAUCAGGUAAUACAGAAGGAAAAGACAAAGCAAAGAAGAGAACAGCAGAACAAAAUGAUGGUAAUGAAGGAGAUUGUCAAGAAAAAAAGAAGGCUUUAACUUUAGAUUUAAAUUUUGAACCGAUCGAAAAGUUUGAAGACGCUUUGACUUCAAGCGUGGAUGACGUCAAUCAAACUUUUGAUCUUAUAGCCAACGAUAUAAGUGCAAUUCCAGGUACUUCCAUAUAUCAAAAUAAUCCAGAAAUAAAUAUAAUAGCACCCACGGAGUACACAGAAGUCGAAGAAAAAGAAAAGCAAAAAGAUAAAAAGAAACAAAAAGAAAAUCCAGUUUCGCAGCCAAAAAACUUAUUAGGCCCCACCAACAUUCCUGUACAAUCGAAUAAAUCUGAUUAUAAAAAGGAAAAAUUUAAAAAGCCUGACUGCAUUCAAGCCAAAGUCAAAAUAAAAGAUUCUGUUGACAUUAACAAAGAAUCAAAAUCAAAGGAACAAGCGGAAACAACGAGAAACAGAAAGGAAGAACUUUUAGAUAAAAAUAAUCAAAAUUUGCCUUUUCUUCAUACUAAUACAAAUGAAGAUUUGGUUUACAAAUACAAUUUUAGGAAGGUAUUCCUACAAAGCGUGUGUAACGUUUGCCAAAAGGAAUUAAAACAACGAAUUCCUUGUCCAUUCUGUUCGCUGGUUUUUUAUUGCAGUUCAAAGCAUAAAGAUGAAAACUGGCCCCAACAUCAACCCCUAUGUUUCGCCGUGUCAACCAUCGCCCAUUUGAAAGAUCAAAAACAUAUUUACGCGGAUUUAAAAAACAUAAUCGGUCAGGAAUACCGAAUUUUAAGGAUGCAAAUAAUUUUAUCUUGCGAGAAGAUAUUAAAGAGAAAGUUACUGGCCUGGGAACAAGAGGCUCUUCUUUAUCCUAGAAUCUGCGCAGAUGUUGGUUGUAGGGAAUGGAGGCAAGAGAAGCUUACUGAUUGUGUGAAUUGUGGACAGGUAUCAUACUGUUCUGAUCAUCCGAAACAUUUGCCUUCAUCACAUCAACGUUGGUGCAAAUCGUAUGCUCUGUAUCAAAAAUUGGUUUUGCACCAUCAGACCUUCGGUAAACUGAUGCCAAAGUUGCCUAAAAAAGUGUUUGAAAAUUGGCAAAUACCUGAUAAUAUGAACGAAGUUAUUGGUUCCAUGUAUGAUGAGAAAUUAGAUAUCAGUGACAUACAGUACGCAACCCUAACACAAAUUGCGACUGCGCCGCUAACCACGUUGUUUUGCUAUCAGCUGUUCACCAAACAUUUGUCCUUGACGAACGGAUUGAAUAAGAAAUCUAGUAUAACUAUCCAUUCUCUUGGUAACGAUCUCCAGUCUGAGGCGGAUUCUUUGAACAAGUGGGAGACAUUUUUCCUUCACCUCCUGUCUCAAGCCAAGGAGUUGAGAGUGGUUCUAAUUGAUCCUGAUCUGAACGAUUCUAAGCUACCAUUAGAAUUGCUCGGAAAAGUCAAAUUAUGCGAAGACUGUCAAAUAAACAAACGUCGUCUGUUGUUUGAUUUUGAAGAUAAGAAAAGUUAUGACGAGUAUUACUCGAGUAAUGAUUUCGUUUUUCCUGACAUUGUCUGUGCUUUCAACCCAAAGAUUCAGCGGUCUUCCACUAAUACUAAAGAUAUUUGGCCAUCUACUAUUAAGUGUAUUCUGAAACAGAAGAUACCAUUAAUCAUCACAUCGAGUACGUUGGAUGAGCUCAAACAAGAUUUGGGACAUAUAAAAGAGAUUUCAACUGCCUUCGAUGUGAUAUCAAAUCCAAUAUGCAAUCCCUUCGCGAGUAUUAGACCUGAUAGAAAUUUUAUCACGGAUGACGAGAAUCCUUUAGUAUUUAAAAAUAAUUUCUAUAGCAUACUGUGUGGAGCCUAA